UUCCGGAGGAUGACAUGAGAAUCCUCAGCAGCAUGAGUGUUCGCGAGAAGUAUGCGUGGAAUCCGGCAAACAUCAACUAAUCCUUAAGUGCUGCGGCAUUGAAUUCUCUGGGCACGAUGAUUGCGAAUGAUGUGACCAGAAUGUGUGUGGAGUUCUUCGAGCGAAAUCUCCCGAAGGGCGGGAAACCGGUGAGUGAGCGUGAGUGGACGGUCUUGAGUGCAAUAGUGCAGGAAAUGGACAGUAAACUGGACGUUGUGUCGAUGGGAACUGGAACAAAGUGUCUCGGUGCGGACCAGAUGAGUGAAUCUGGGGAUGUUCUCAAUGAUAGCCAUGCAGAAAUUGUCACGAGGAGGGCGUUUUUGCGGUAUCUCAUGGAGCAAAUGGUGCUGGCGAGGGAGAAGAAGCGCAGCAUCUUCGCAAUUGAUGGUGAAAGUGGGAAAUUCAGUUUGCAGACAGAGUGUAAAUUUCACUUUUUCACAACCCACUCGCCCUGUGGAGAUGCUAGUAUUUUCCCCAGAAAUCCAGCGACGGUGGAGGAGAACGUGGAGGACGAGCCGGCUGCCAAGAGAGCCAGACUGCCCGAGGAUAACUUCACGGGUGGGAAAUUGAUUGGGCAGUCGACUGGGGAUCUCAUGGACCAGACAGUGGGCUGUGUGAGGACGAAGCCGGGCCGCGGAGUGGCCACGCUGUCGGCCUCGUGCAGUGACAAAAUGGCGAGGUGGUGUGUGAUGGGCCUCCAGGGUGGACUCCUGAUGAAUGUCCUGACCUCACCCAUUUAUCUCAGCAGUGUGAUUUAUCCGCGGGACGCGAUUCUUGACAAAAAAGCCACCGAGCGUGCUCUCUGGGGUCGUUUCACAAAUCAUCUCGUCAUCCCUUCGGCCACGUUUCACAUCCACCGACCGGAUGUCCUCGUGGCGACGGAACACUUUGCCUUUCCCUUCAUCCGACACCCAUCGCACGACCAGUGUCAGCCGUGUCCGGCCAGUGUGGUGUGGAGUCGAGUGCCGGAGCGGCCACACGAGGUGGCUGUGGCGGGAAGGCGUCAAGGUGUCACGCGGAAGAAGCUGAAAACCCCCGUCGCGAGGCUAUUAAUUGCCAAGGGUGCCCUGUUUGACCGCUACACGACCAUCUUUACGCCUGCCAACACUCCGCGGGUGGAUUUAUCGUAUCAGGAAGCUAAGGACAAGGAUUACACAGCUCUGACACAGUGGCUCAGGCAGCACUACUUCAAAGUGUGGCCCACAAAGGGUGAGAAAUACCUCAAGUUUACGACGACGAAUUAGCAUUUUAAACGGUGGCGGACAUUUAGCGGGUAGUUUGCAAGAAGUUCAACUUGUGAAUUUAGUGUUGAUGAAGAAAUAGCAAGAAAAAGUGCCUAUUUGAUGCCGCAGAAAUUUAUUUUCGUAAGUAUUGUUAAAGCUGUAAUUAAAUUUUGAUUGAUUCACAUUGACGAAAGGAUUUAUAAGUUAUGUUAAGUAUCUCGUUAUGCACUAAAAUUGUCAUAUUCAUGUGUCUUCGGAUUUAGUGACAAAUACCAUUGAAAUAAAAUGUUAAAA